CUCCAGGGCACCAUCAGCUGCCUGGCUGAGAUUGCAGUAGCUCAGGAGGGUGUGAAAAAACACGAAAAUUACUAAACUCGUCUUCAUCUUUUCUGCACUAAAUUUUUUUUUCCUACGAAGCUGUCAUUUCGCAGUGUCAAGAACCUAACCUCAAAAAAUUGCCUCCGUGGAAGUUUUCCCAUUUGUUUUGCAUUUUCUAGGAUUUCUCUGAGUUUUUCCUGGACAAUGGAUAAUCUUUCAACGAAAUUGAACUCUAUCCUCGAGAUGAGGAUUGACACAGACAAGGAAAUGCUGGAUUCUCUCAAAGAUCUGGACAAUUUCUUCGUGGAGAACACCGUGCAGACGCGUCGACAGCUCCGAAGUGAGAUUGAGAAGCGUAGCCUGAAGAUCAAUGAAGAUUUUCUCGCAUCUUUUCGCUCUGUGAAGCAAUCCCUGGAUGAGAUUUGCGAGGGUAUUGAGCAGAUGAAUGGGAAUGUGGAUAAAAUGCGGGCUCGUCUAAAGGCGACACAGAGUCAGACACAGGAUCUAAUUCAGCAGACAAAUAGCCUUCAGGAGGAGAGCAAUAAACUCCAGUUCCGUCAGAAGGUGGCUGGAGCUUUCCUCGCUCGCUUCCAGCUCUCUCCGGCUGAGCAGCAAAUCCUCUGUGGGAGUGCCCGGGAUGUCCCGAUAACGGGGGAAUUUUUCACAGUGUUGGAUCGUUUGCAGGCAAUCCAUGGGGAUUGUCGGGUGCUGAUGCAGUGUGGCCAUCAUACAGCUGCCCUGGACAUUAUGGAAGAGAUGAAUUUGAUGAAAGAAUCCGCCCUGGAGCGCCUGUAUCGAUGGACACAGAAUCACUGCAGAAAUAUUGAUGCGAAUGAAAUUGGGCCACUUGUCAUGCAGGCUAUGAAUCGCCUCCAGGAUCGUCCGGUACUAUUUAAGUACGUCAUUGAUGAGUACGCAACGGCCAGAAGGGCAAUCCUUGUCCGGAACUUCAUUGAUGCCCUCACUGUGGGUGGUCCUGGAGGCAACCCCAAGCCCAUUGAGAUGCAUGCCCAGGACCCAAAGAGAUACGUUGGAGAUAUGUUCGCGUGGUUGCAUCAGGCAAUUCCCAGUGAGAGGGAGAAUCUCCUGAAUCUCGUGAAAUUGUGCGAUCAGGCUGAUUUGACGGAUCAGAUUCAGGUGGCUCUGGCCAAUAUUGCCGAUGGAGUGUGUCAUCCGCUGGAGGUACGUGUGCAGAUGAUUCUAAGUGGGGAGAAGCAAACCAUCGUCCUGUACGCUGUGGCCAAUCUCAUCCGUUUCUAUCAGGGAGUAAUCAAUGGGGUUGUUCAUGGAGGAAACCUCGAGCAGUGCUUGGCAAGUAUGCAGCAGAAUAGCGAGCAAACGUACCUGGGGAGUCUGCAGCAGCAAGUGAAGAACCUCCUCGUGGGGCCAAUGGGGACAACAAUUGAACCACCACAGAGUGAUCUAGCACCGCCUAAGAGUGUCUCCAUCCUCUUGGGAAUCAUGAAGGAAAUCCUUUCUGUGGCCAGCAUGGUUGAGGGACGACAGUCGGAUAUCAAGAAGAUCGUAUCGUGCGUUAUUGAUCCCCUCCUCAGGACAAUCACGGAAUCUGCCUCCCAUCUGCCCACAGUGGACAUGGCUGUGUAUCUCCUGAACUGCCUGUAUCAGAUGCAAAGCACACUGGCGGUGUAUGAGUACAUGGAGGAGCGCAUUGAACGCCUCCAAGCACAGUCAGAUGCCCAAAUAGAUACGCUCACGUCUGAGCAGGCUUCCAGCCUUGUGGCUAAUCUCAAUCUCGGACCCAUCUACACCCUCCUGCAGAGUCAUGCAAGCAAAUUCGAAGUGGGCAGCUUGAAGAUGUUCAAUGCAAAGCUCGAUACAUUCCUCGAAAUGCCAGAUAUUCUUCUACUGCAGCAGAUGAAUCUUCUGCAGAGCUCCAAUCAUCGUGCUGUGGUCAGAAAGAGAUCUUUCAACGUCAUCAUAGCAAUCUACCGGCAGUUGUAUGAGAAAGUUCAUGACCCUGAGAAUGGGUACGAUAAUCCCGGAUCAUUGUUCAGCAGAUCCCCUGAACAGGUGGCGGAAUUGCUGACUUGAUAAAUUUUAAUUUAUUUGCAAAUUAAAUUCAUAAAAUUAUCCUGAA